AAUGUGUGCGAGUGGAAAUGUAAGGGAAUAGUGCGAUUCUGCGCGAGUGUAGAGGCGACCCGCCGAGUUUAGUCACGGCUGUUGGUUUUGCGUAACCCAGCCGCGCGAGCGAGCGGCGAAAACGAGAGAAACGAACGGCGCGCGAAUGCAGGCAGCAGGAGUGUAUGAGGCAGUAUGAGGAGUGUGUUCACGCCUGCUGCAGCGGGCGGACGGUGCGAGCGCGAGUGCAGCAAGUUGCGAGUGAGCUGUGAGCGCGGAGUGUGAGCCGGCGGCGGCGACGGAGGCGGCCCCCCUCCUCCCUCUGGCGGCAGAUAGAGCAAACGACGCGGGCGGAUUUUUCGGCGCGCACCGCGCGCGGAAUGCGCUCGCGCGAUAAAAAGCGCGACGCCGCCGACGACGGAGACAUCGACAAUGACCGGCAGCGGCAGCGGCAGCAGCGGCGGCGGCAGUGGCGGCAGCGGCAGCGGCGAGCGCUCGCACAAAAAUACGAACCGGUCGCAUACACGCGCGCCGCGGCGCACACACGCGCGCACGCACACACGCGCCGCCUAUUGAUUUUUCUGAAACGUUCGUUGAACCAAUCACAGUUGCGGGACUAUUUUUAAAGGGUGAGGUUGUUGUGUCGCUUUUUGGGUUUUUCGGUGCGUCGGUCGGGCACGGCAGCGAGAGACUCGGCGACGGCGCCCAUCCGCGUACGGCAGCCACCAGCAGCGAGCGCGGCAGGUGCAGGUGCAGGCAGUGCGGUUGCGGUUGCGACGGCCCCCCGAGCGGCGGCGGCGGCGGAGGCGGCCAGCGGCGGCGCCAGCGGUCGCCCGAUGCAGGUGGCGACGCUCUUCCGCGAGUCCACGUCGCUGCUCGGCGCUAGCAUGGAGGCUGGAGGCGGCGCUGCGGGCCCCGGCGGCAUGCCUGCCCCCGUCGAUCCACUUGGCCCCACGGGGCCCAUCGCCCCCAUCGCCUACAACGACUACAACCAUCCGUUCGCCAACAAAUACAAGCUAAACAUGAAGCUGGAGCCGCAGGACGACGGCUACGAGACGAGCGGCGAUAUGAUGCUACCCUCGAACCCCUCCUCGGUGCUCAGCAACCACCAUCACGGCGGGCAUCACGCGCACCACCCGGACAUCGGCGCCGUUCCGCCACAGGUCAAGUGCGAGAAGAUGGACGACCCCUAUAGUUUCAUCGAUGACGACCCGAUGCCAAUGCUGCACCACCAACAACAGCAACAACAACAACAACAACAGCAACAGCAACAACAGCACCACCAUCAUCAGCAACAGCAAUCGAUGCAACACCAUCAUGUGCAACAACAGCAACAACAGCAACAACAAAUGCAACAGAUGCAAAUGGCCCAACAGGCCGCAAACCCCAUGAUGCAAAUGCCCCCUGGGCCAAAGAAACGCGGCCGGAAAAAGAAGAUCAAACCAGAAGAUGCUGACUUCAAUCCGGAUGUGAGCGCGGCGGCAUUGAACGGCGGAAUUCCUCGUCCUGUCAAAGAGCGCAAGAAGCACGACCGUUUCAAUGGUAUGCCCGAAGAGGAGGUCUCCAAGCGCACGUUGCCCGACCACAUCAACCCCAAUCUGGAUAUCAUAAUCAUUGGUAUCAACCCAGGUCUCUUCGCGGCGUAUAAAGGCCACCAUUACGCGGGUCCCGGCAACCACUUCUGGAAGUGUCUGUACCUUUCUGGACUGACACCGCAGCAGAUGUGCGCCGACGAGGAUUACAAACUGCUGCAGGUUGGCAUCGGUUUCACAAACAUGGUGGCGCGUGCGACCAAAGGCAGCGCUGAUCUCACGCGCAAGGAGAUCAAGGAGGGUAGUCAGAUCCUUUUAGAAAAGUUGCGCAAGUUCAAACCCAAGAUUGCGGUCUUCAAUGGCAAGCUCAUCUAUGAAGUGUUCUCCGGGAAGAAAGACUUUAAGUUCGGGCGACAACCCGAUGUGAUCGACGGUACUAAUACGCACAUGUGGGUGAUGCCUUCGUCGAGUGCGAGGUGCGCCCAACUUCCCCGCGCCGCCGAUAAAGUCCCAUUCUACGCCGCGCUGAAGAAAUUCCGCGAUUACCUGAACGGCAUGGUCAGCCAAAUCGACGAAUCCGAACUGGUGUUCAGCGAGCCGCGAGUCAAGUCCUGCUACGAAGCGGAACCUAAAACCGACCCCUUCGGUGAGGGCAUGACGGACGUCAUGAAAACAGAGGACGGUGUACCAAUUCCCUGCAAGAAGAAACGGGGUCGCCCAAAGAAGAUUAAACUCGAGAAUGGCGAAGAGCCGCCCGCGAAAACGCCCACGCCGCGCAAGACCCCAGCGCAGACGAGCGCGAAUGCCAACUGUGAUUUCCCCAAGAAGAAGCGAGGCCGGCCUAAGAAGGUGAAAGUCGAAGAUAGCAUAGCGCAAAUGGACGGCGUGGGCGUGCCCUCAGCGACAACGGUAGUGCCCGGCAGCGAGUCGCAGGGUAUGGGUCUGUCCAAGUGCUUCUCGAGUCCAUCGCCCAUUCAAUCACCAAACAGUUUCUACCAUAUGACGCCAGCGCUGACGCCCCCGAACAGCUCGAGCAAUCUCUACCCGCCGCAGCACCCGCCCUCGUCGUACUGCCAGUCACCGCGGCCGGCGUACAACACAGCCAGCCCACGCCCGGCCCCUCCCUUCAGCCAAUCGCCCCGCCCACAUUCGCAACCAUUCACGCACUCCGAUCUCAGUUCGGAGAUCAGCGCCGCGAUCAGCUCCGAGCAGCUGGGUUCGCCGGCGUCGCCUAGUCUAGGCCCGCCCGACUUUGACCCGCCCACCAGCAUGACGGAGGAGGCGGAGUGUCGGUUAGGCAGCGGGGGCAGCCCAGCCCCAUCGACGCACAGUGGCGAUCACAGCCAACACCAGCAGCAUCAUUACCACGGGCAGCACCAACAGUACCAUCCGUACCCGCACGCCGGCGGUGGCGGCGGAGUAGAUUCAUCUCAACAACCGCCUCCGCAAUCACAACACAACGGGCAGCAACAGCAGCACUACCCAUCACCGCGUCAGCCGCAGGAUAUGGCAAGGAAAAGCCUCUCGGGGCUUGAAUCACUCGUCGAUCAGAUACCCAGCAUCACAGAAGGUGAACCGCCUCCCUUAGGAGUCGUGGGUAGUGAACACGUCGGUGGAGAAUACGGUGCGCAGUUUAGUGGGUAUCACCGUAGCGCUGUGAGUCCGGCAGCUGCGUAUAACUACUCAUCGACGCCGGCGCCUGCCUCCGCCUACCCGCUGUACCCCACGCCCACGUGGAGCGCGCCACCAUACGAACCGGUACCACUCGUCGGCGGCUAUCCGCAACUGCCAUCGGCGUAUGCGCAGUCCGCGUACGCGGCACACCAUCACGCCGCCGCAGCCGGCCUGCACGUGCCCAGCCCCAACUACCCAUACUACGGCUAUCCGCAACCGGCGCAUCCACCGCCUGGCUAUCCGCCCUAUCUGGGCGGCUUCUGAUUGCCGCCGCCGCGCUGAUCGCGCGACGCGCCCGCCCCCUAUCUGCUGUGUGUACCUGUACAUGCGUUCGGCUAGCGCCUAGCAAGUCCGUGCGACGGGAGUCACGGGAGACUUGCACAGGGUAAACGGUGAUAUAUUUUUCUUCAGCCCUCCCCCCUCUCGAGUUGCAUCACGCGCCCACACACUUCAUCGUCAGAUCGUAUUUUAAACUCUCUAUCUCUCUGGAUAUCGUUGUUAGGUAGGCCGAGCCGAGAACCACGGGAGUUCGUGCAUUAUCAAACAAAACAAAAUAAAACAUUCGGAUCUCAGAAUGUCAGCGUGAAUGCGCGAGUGUAUGUGUCAAUGUGUGCCUGAGUGUGUGCGUGCGAAUAUACAAAACGUAAACUGUGUGUGUGUGUGCCUGCGUUCGUCGUUUCUAAUCGUCACACACCGAACUCCCACCAAACAAAUCAACCGCCCCUGCCCACCCCUCGCACUUUCACAUAUCACAUUGCCGCCGACGGACGAGUCAAUUACACGAGACACGCGACGCGAACCACGCGGCGGCCAUUUGCAACGGCAACGUUCCUGCGUUCGCAGCGUUGCCGUCUUUAGUCGACGCAGCAAUACCCCUCCCACAUAAUUCCUUUUACCCGCCCCCUGAUCCCUCCCACACACACAUAAUUCUGUAAAGUACACUCGUUUUUACGAAGAACAUUUGUGAACAAAUACGUAUUAUAAUUACUUAUACAUAAACUAACGAAGUACAUAAUGUAAUAUAAACUCUUCGGGCGCCUAUAUCAUUGUGAUUUUUGUGUUGUUGGUGGAGUGGGAGUGCAAUGGGCGUGGACGCGCGACGCCCCGUCCUCCCCACCGCCACUACUCGCCCCCCGCCCGCAUAAAAAAUAAAUAUGCAAAAGAAGAACACACACACAAACGAUUUUAUUACUCUCAUCUAUGAUUGUGAGGACAUUCGCGGACGAAUAUUAUAUAUUAGCAAAUUUAUAUUUACUUAUUACGAUUAUUAUUACGUUUCUACUAGUGCGAAUUUAAUUAAUUGAUUCCUAUUAUAUUCUACAUGUUACGGAUUAUCAUUGUUGUUUAAAUUAAUUACGAAUACUCUCUCGCUAGUUUUACAGCAAUCCAGGUGUUUCGACGAGUGCGCAUGCGCAAACAAAAACAAUUUACAAAUGAUACAAGGAAAAUUCGUUUUGUGUAAAACUCUAAAGCAACAAAAAAAUACAAAGAUUUUGAACAAAAAUAAACCACACACAACGCUAUGAAUGAGAAUUAAAAAUAAACAAGAAAAAAAUUAAUGUUAAAUUAUAAUGAGAACAGAAAAUGAGAAAACGAACUAUGAUCCUUCGAUUUUUGUACGUUUAAUCAGUAUUAGACUUGCAUACAAUAGGAAAUAAAUAUGAUGGAACAUGAACAUGAUAACGAAACAAAAAAAUAACACAUAAUAAAACAAUAAAGAAACGUUCUUCUUUAUUCUGCUCAGAAA